AUGCCUAUAACAAUGACAACAUUGGAUUGGUUUACUACAAUAUUAAUGCGAAUUGUUCACAAUGUCAAAUCGAGAAUGUACCGGCAACUGGAUUCAUAUUUCGGUUUGUACCACUGCGAACACGUCGGUGAUCGUACAAUAAGACAUUUACGCUUGUUCCUUGAGUCAUAUAAUCUCGAGGAAGUCUUUGUACAUGGAAAAGAAGAAAUUCGAAUAUUUCAAAUAUUUGGAUUUUUGAUUAAUAAUUCAUCACGCAGUUUUCCAAGUGACAAAGCAGUAGUAUCGUGGAUCGGAAUAGGUACGAAGUACGUAUAA